AUGACCCUGCACCGAGGACAGAUAAACGGCGAAAAGACGGGCGCGCAGCAAGCACGUGUCCCUGAGCGACCCAACUGGAGAUGCACUCGCGUAUCUGCAGGCGAGUAUCUGCUGAAGCGCGUCGAGGAGCGGGAGAACCAAUUUGUUCCCACGGGAGUUUCCAUCAGCCAACCUUAUCUUCGGCAAUUUCGGCAAUCGGGCGUCCCAAACACCAUCCCGGCCGGUUCCCUUCUUGUGCGCGUUCUUCUAUUGUGCAUUCCCAUUCGGCAAUCGGUCCUCAUCUCUCCUUCUCCCUUCUUCCAGGAUUUGCGCUCUGCUCUUUUGUCCUCCGUCAAGAUCUCCCAUGUCCUCAUUUCUCCUCCUCCAAAUCUCGUCGAUCUUCUCCGCCUUUCGAUUCAUCUCUUCCUAUCUCUCUCCAUCUCUCCCAGGUCGAAUUCAGCGGUGGAAACAAAGCUCACCACCUCUCCAUUCCCGAUUGCGUCUUACGUACUACGAAGAAGGCUACUUUCCCUCGUGAAGAAAAAGCCGCCGGAAGCUCCGUCUUCGCGAAUGGUCACCAGCCACCAGUCACUUCAUACCCGCAUACAUUCAGCAGCUCAUACGUCCUAUUCUGUAUCACGUCGCAUCAGCACACGCACACGCAUAUAUGCUUAA